AUGUAGCUAAAUUUAAAACUGUAUUAAAAUUCCCCGGAAUGUUGCUCCUAUUUUUAUCUUACAAAGUGCUGAAAACUUGCAGGUUUUUAGUGGCCUAUAUAGUACCAAGUUAUUUGUAGGCAGGGCAUGGGCUGUGUUCUGUAUCCUUUCUGAAGGGAAGGACUUGGGAUCCCUCACCUUGCCUUGGGUUCUGAGCCUCUGUGUUGUGCUGGAGGACAGUGGAAGCACUAGGGUGGGCAGAUCUGCCUCCCUCCAAGGCUCUGUUAUCUCUAAACUGUGGAGGGCUGUGGGUUUUGAUUCCCAAUGAAAAAAAAGUAGAUGCUUAUGUCUCCAUGAAACAUGAGCUUCUCAAACCUGGAAAGCUUCACAACCAGUAACUCUGAGGCUGGUUCUCUUUUCUUUGGGCUGGUUUCUGGUUGGGAGUGGGAGGGAAGGGCUGGGCUGCUUGUUUAGCUAUGGUUUUUUGUUUGCUUUUUUUUUUUUUUUUUUUUGGCAUGAGGAUGGAGAGUACCAUGGUGAACCUGCGGGGUCUGUACGAGCAGCUCACGCGCCAGGCCGAGCUCCUGAGCGAAGGAAACGAGUGCCAGUUUAUUCAGUUAGCGAAGAGCUUCGAGGAGAACCGGAGGAAAUGGCAGAAAACAGAGCACGAGCUCGGCAGGUACAAAGAUCUCCUCAUGAAGACAGAAGCUGAGCGAAGUGCCCUGGACGUGAAGCUGAAACACGCCCGCAAUCAGGUGGAUGUAGAGAUCAAACGGAGGCAAAAAGCCGAAAUGGACUGUGAGAAGCUGGAGAGGCAAAUCCAGCUGAUUCGGGAGCUGCUCAUGUGUGAUGCCUCCGGUAGCAUCCAGCUCAGCGAGGAGCAGAGAUCUGUCCUCGCCUUCCUGAACAGGCCACAGGCUUCUGUGGGAAAUUCGGGCAACAAAAGGCUGUCUACAAUAGAUGAAUCUGGCUCAAUUCUGUCAGACAUCAGCUUUGACAAGACCGAUGACUCACUGGACUGGGAUUCCUCUUUGGUGAAAACUGUCAGGCUGAAGAGGAGAGAGAAGCGGCGUUCUUCCAGGCAGUUUGCUGAAGGCCCCCCAGCUCCUCAGAAGAAAUCCAGAUCCAUUAGCAGCACAGCAGACCAGGCUAAUGAAUCCAUUGUAGCAAAGACCACGGUGAUGGUCCCCAACGAUGGUGGCCCCAUUGAAGCCAUUUCUACCAUCCAGACUGUGCCUUGCCCUCGGAGGAGCCGGAGGAAGAGUGGUCCUUUGCAGCCCUGGAACAGUGAGUCCAGCAUAGGCAGUAAGCAGCUGGAGUCCAAACUGGACACUGAUGGUUCCAGCACCCCACAGCACAAUGGGGGAGUGAGGCUGCAUGAUUUUGUUUCCAAGACGGUUAUCAAACCAGAAUCCUGUGUCCCGUGUGGAAAGAGAGUCAAGUUUGGGAAGAUCUCUCUGAAGUGCAGAGACUGCCGGGUGGUGGCUCACCCCGAGUGCCGGGAGCGCUGCCCUCUGCCCUGCAUCCCCACGCUCACGGGCACUCCUGUCCCAAUUGGGGAGGGCACCUUGAUGGAUUUUGUCCCUUCUACUCCUCCAAUGAUCCCUUCCAUCAUCGUGCACUGUGUUAAUGAAAUCGAGCAACGAGGGCUGCAUGAGACAGGCAUUUACCGCAUCUCUGGCUGUGACAAGACUGUGAGGGAGCUGAAAGAGAAGUUUCUUAGAGCAAAGAAUGUUCCUUUGCUCAGUAAAGUGGAUGAUAUCCAUGCCAUCUGUGGCCUUCUCAAGGACUUCCUGCGCAGCCUGAAGGAGCCCCUUCUCACUUUCCGGUUAAACAAGACUUUCAUGGAAGCUGCAGAAAUCUCAGAUGAGGACAACAGCAUCGCUGCUAUGUACCAAGCAGUUGGAGAACUUCCUCAGGCCAACAGGGACACCUUGGCUUUCCUCAUGGUCCACCUGCAGAGGGUGGCUCAGAGCCCAGACACUAAAAUGGACAUCUCCAAUUUGGCCAAAGUCUUUGGUCCCACAAUAGUUGCCCACGCGGUACCAGAUCCUGACCCCAUGACCCUCCUGCAAGACACGAAGCGUCAGCCCAAGGUCGUGGAACGACUUCUGCUGCUGCCCAUGGACUACUGGAGCCAGCUGAUGAUGGUGGAGCAGGAGAACAUGGACCCAGCACACGUGAUUGAGAACACCAAUGCCUAUUCCACUCCACGGACACCUGAGAUUCAAGUGAGCAUUCUGGGACCUCUCACCACCCCAGAGCACCAGCUCUCCAAGACACCCUCAUCCAGCUCCCUGUCCCAGAGGGUCCGUUCCACCUUCAGCAGGACCACCCCCAAAUUUGGGAGCAAAAGCAAAUCAACAACUCAGCUUGGGCAUCAAGGUAACUUCUUUGCUUCUCCUCUGCUGAAGUGAAGACCUGGGAGUUGGUCUUGUCCUGGCAUUUGCACACCAAUGCUCACAAGUAGAAGAAACACAGGUUGUCUCCGUGGCUCCCUGGCAGCUUACAUUAAAUGAUGUUUUUCCUUUCAUCUUUCAGCUUAACUAAGACUUUUAAUGGGAUUUUAUAGUGCAAUUUAUUUUUAUUAUCUAAUGCUAUGCUGAAUGUAGUAUUGGUGAAGACAGUAACAGGCAGGAUUUGUUCAGUGUUAAUCAUUAAAAAAAAUUCUAGAGAACUGGUAUUUUCACUAACAUCUGGUUUUGUCUCUGUGUAUAGUAGAGCAGUCACAAAAUGAGGGUCAGUUGGUUGGGGUUUUUGUGACUCCAUAGGAGGUUUUUGACACAGUAGUGUCUGAAUUUUGUCAGAAUCCAGGCUUUCCAUCAGCACAGUGUCUCUCACCUGGCUGGUGGUGCAGCUGGAAUCCUGAGGAUGGCAGUGUUGGACUGGGCUGGUGGGCAAAAGCCUCUCUUUAAUGAACUGCUCCUCUAAAGGAAUAUUUCCUGGUACUGUGUUUGCAAGGGGGGAAUUCUCUAGAGGAGGGUGUAGAUGCAAAUCCAAAGGGAUUCCUGGGUAUUCCAAAGGAAUU